AAAAAAAAAGCUCUUUAAAAAAAAAAAAAAAAUUCUUUAUACUCAAAUAUAAAAAAAUAGCAAAAAAUGGCAGAAACUGUAAAAGUAAUGGUUCGUUGUAGACCUAUGAAUAAAUAAGAAAUAGCCAAAAAUUGUUAAGCAAUAAUAGAUGUGGAUACAAAAAAAAAUUCCAUAACAAUUAAUUCUAAAGAAGGAGGAGUAGAUGGUGCUAAGACUUUUACAUAUGAUUGUGUAUUUUCUACUAAUAGUAUAUAGUAAAAUGUAUAUGAAAGUACAGCUUUUCCAUUAGUGGAGAGUGUGGUUGAAGGUUAUAAUGGCACAAUAUUUGCCUAUGGAUAGACUGGGUGUGGUAAAACACAUAGUAUGGUUGGAAUUCCUACCGAUGAGGUAGAAAAGGGUAUUAUUCCAAGAACUUUUUCCCAUUUAAUUAAUAUAGUAGAGAGCGCUAAUGAUAGGAAAUUUCUUAUUAGGUGCUCAUAUAUAGAAAUUUAUAAUGAAGAAAUUCACGAUUUAUUAGCAAAAGAUUGCAAAGCGAAAUUAGAAUUGAAAGAAUCACCCGAUAAAGGUGUUUUUAUUAAGGAUGUGACAAUGAACGUGGUAAAAAGUAUAGCUGAAAUGGAUAAAUGGAUGUCUAUAGGGACUGAUAAUAGAAGUGUUGGAGCCACGGCGAUGAAUAAGGACUCUUCAAGAUCUCAUUCUUUAUUUACUUUAUAUAUAGAAUGCUAAAUUAAAUCAGAAAUAGAAGGCUAAGAUGACUCUAUUACUGCUGGAAAACUUAAUUUAGUUGAUUUGGCAGGAUCUGAGAGGCAGAGUAAAACUUAGGCUACAGGAGAUAGACUUAAAGAAGCUACGAAAAUUAAUCUGUCUUUAAGUGCUUUAGGAAAUGUUAUUUCAGCUUUGGUUGAUGGGAAAACUUAACAUAUACCUUAUAGAGAUAGUAAAUUGACUAGACUAUUAUAAGAUUCUUUAGGAGGAAAUACUAAAACUAUUAUGAUUGCAGCUAUUUCGCCUGCAGAUUAUAAUUAUGAUGAAACUUUGAGUACUUUAAGAUAUGCCUCGAGGGCAAAAAAUAUAAAAAAUUAACCAAAAGUCAAUUAGGACCCUAAAGAUGCAAUGUUAAAGGAAUAUUAGGAAGAAAUAAAAAAAUUAAAAGAAAUAAGAGUUGGAAGAAACAAGGAAAAUUGUUAAAAAAUUAAGAUCGAAAUAUAAAUAAGCAACGUAGGAAGUAAAAGAUCUAUAAAAAGAAAAUGA